CCUACAAAGAAAUCCCGGAAACGCGGGUUCAGCCAAGCGCGGUGAAAGCGGCGCGCUCUCCCCGCGCAUGCCCAGUUCCCGCCCGCGCUGCCAGGCUCUCAAGCACCGCGCAGUCCAGCCGGCCGGAUCCCGCCGUCUGUCAUGGCCGCCCCCAUCCUGAAAGAUGUAGUGGCCUAUGUUGAAGUGUGGUCAUCCAAUGGAACAGAAAAUUAUUCAAAGACAUUUACCACACAGCUUGUGGAUAUGGGGGCAAAGGUUUCAAAAACUUUUAACAAACAAGUAACUCACGUUAUCUUCAAAGAUGGCUACCAGAGCACUUGGGACAAAGCUCAGAAGAGAGGCGUAAAACUCGUUUCGGUGCUCUGGGUUGAAAAAUGCAGGACAGCUGGAGCACACAUUGAUGAAUCAUUGUUCCCUGCAGCUAAUACGAAUGAACACUUACCAAGCCUAAUUAAAAAAAAACGUAAAUGUAUGCAGCCCAAAGAUUUUAAUUUUAAAACACCAGAAAAUGAUAAGAGAUUUCAGAAGAAAUUUGAGAAAAUGGCUAAAGAGCUACAACGGCAAAAAACAAGUCUAGAUGGUGAUGUACCUAUUCUCUUAUUUGAAUCUAAUGGUUCAUUAAUAUAUAGUCCCACAAUUGAAAUUAAUAGUAGUCACCACAGCGCAAUGGAGAAGAGAUUACAAGAGAUGAAGGAGAAAAGGGAAAAUCUUUCCCCCACCUCUUCCCAAAUGAUUCAGCAGUCUCAUGAUAAUCCAAGUAACUCUCUGUGUGAAGCACCUUUGAACAUUUCACAUGAUACUUUGUGUUCAGGUGAAUCCUUUGCUGGUGGCUUACACUCCUCUUUUGAUGAUCUUUGUGGAAACUCAGGAUGUGGAAAUCAGGAAAGGAAGUUGGGAGGAUCCAUUAAUGACAUUAAAAGUGAUAUGUGUAUUUCUUCACUUGUAUUGAAAGCAAAUAAUACUCAUUCAUCACCAUCUUUCACUCACCUCGAUAAAUCAAGUCCUCAGAAAUUUCUGAGUAAUCUUUCAAAGGAAGAAAUAAACUUGCAAAGAAAUAUUGCAGGUAAAAUAGUCACCCCUGACCAAAAGCAGGCUGCAGGUAUGUCUCAGGAGACGUUUGAAGAGAAGUAUCGUUUGUCUCCUACGUUAUCUUCAACAAAAGGCCACCUUUUGAUACAUUCAAGACCCAGGAGUUCCUCAGUAAAGAGAAAAAGAGUAUCACAUGGCUCCCAUUCACCUCCGAAGGAAAAAUGCAAGAGAAAGAGGAGCAUCAGGAGAUCUAUCAUGCCGAGGCUGCAGCUGUGCAGGUCAGAAGGCAGCCUGCAGCACGUGGCAGGACCUGCGCUCCAGGCUCUUAGCUGUGGGGAGUCUUCAUAUGAUGACUAUUUUUCACCUGAUAAUCUUAAGGAAAGGAAUUCAGAGAAUCUUCCUCCCGAAUCUCAGCUGCCAUCAAGCCCUGCUCAGUUCAGCUGCAGAAGUCUUUCUAAGAAGGAGAGAACAAGCAUAUUUGAAAUGUCUGAUUUUUCCUGCGUUGGUAAAAAAACCAGAACAGUUGACAUUAUCAGUUUCACAGCAAAAACCAUCUCCAGUCCUCAGAAAACUGGAAAUGGUGAAGGCCUUGCAACUUUGAGUUGCGUGACUUCUGAGGAAUCCUCUGCCCCUGAAGAAGCCCUAAGGUGUUGUAGACAGGCUGGGAAAGAAGACGCAUGCCCAGAGGGAAAUGGCUUUUCUUACACCAUUGAGGACCCCGUUCUUCCAAAAGGACAUGAUGGUGAUUUAACUCCUUUGGAAGGAAACCUUGAAGAAGUGAAAGAAGCGGUUGGUCUGAAAAGCACACAGAACAAAGGUACCACUUCCAAAAUAUCAAACUCCUCUGAAGGCGAAGCCCAGAGUGAACAUGAGCCAUGUUUUAUAGGUGACUGUAACAUGGAGACGUCUACAGAAGAAAAGGAAAACUUACCCGGAGGAUACAGUGGAAGUGUUAAAAAUAGACCAACAAGGCAUGAUGUUUUAGAUGACUCAUGUGAUGGCUUUAAGGACCUCAUCAAACCUCAUGAGGAAUUGAAGAAAAGUGAGAGAGGCAAAAAGCCAACAAGAACAUUAGUCAUGACGAGCAUGCCAUCUGAAAAGCAGAAUGUCAUCAUCCAGGUUGUGGAUAAAUUGAAAGGCUUUUCAAUUGCACCAGACGUCUGUGAGACCACGACUCAUGUGCUUUCCGGGAAGCCACUUCGCACCCUGAAUGUGCUGCUGGGAAUCGCGCGUGGCUGCUGGGUUCUCUCUUAUGAUUGGGUGCUGUGGUCUUUAGAAUUGGGUCACUGGAUUUCUGAGGAGCCGUUCGAACUGUCUAAUCACUUCCCUGCAGCUCCUCUGUGCCGAAGCGAGUGCCACUUGUCUGCAGGGCCGUACCGCGGAACCCUCUUUGCCGACCAGCCAGUGAUGUUUGUCUCACCUGCCAGCAGCCCCCCAGUGGCCAAGCUCUGUGAACUAGUCCACCUGUGCGGAGGCCGGGUCAGCCAAGUCCCCCGCCAGGCUAGCAUCGUCAUCGGGCCCUACAGCGGAAAGAAGAAAGCAACAGUCAAGUAUCUGUCUGAGAAAUGGGUCUUAGUAGAAAUAGAAUGCAGUGCACUUGCCAGGAUUGAGGCAAGAGGGAGGGGCUGUUUCCGCCAGCUGCCAGGAUCACCUGUGCUGACCCUUCAGCUGCAUCUGCAGCGCUAUCCUGGACCAGAUUCCAUCACCCAGCACAAGGUCUGUGCCUCUGAAAACUACCUAUUGUCACAAUGACAGUGACCUCACUGGCCUGUGGUGACUGCACACAGCUCGCAAAACUGUCUUUGGAUGUUCAAAUGAGAAACAAAACUGUGAAGAGAAGGAACUGGCGUAUACAAGAUGACUUUCGAUAUCAUGUUUGCCAUGUGUUGUGGUUCUUAAGAACUCUCAGGUGACUUUCUGAUGACUGAAUGUGUGUUUCAGAGAAGCUUCGGGCCUUUUUAUUUUACUAUUUUUUUUUUUGAGACGGAGUCUUGCUCUGUUUCCCAGGCUGGAGUGCAAUGGCACAAUCUCGGCUCACUGCAACCUCCACCUCCCAGGUUCAAGCGAUUCUCCUGCCUCAGCCUCCUGAGUAGCUGGGAUUACAGAUGUGUGCCACCAUGCCUGGCUAAUUUUUGUAUUUUUAGUAGAGACAGGUUUCGCCAUGUUGGCCAGGCUGGUCUCAAACGCCUGACCUCAGGUGAUCUGUCGGGCCUCUUCUAUAGAAUUCCAGUCUUUGUAUCUUAGUAAUGAUCAUAAUUUAAAGGUCACAGAACCUUUGUCAUUAGAACACAGUACUGCCAAAUAAAGAAUGGAAAUUCGU